GCUUUUGACCUGAAAUAUGAAGGGGGGAUUUCUGCAGGUGGAAAUUUCCUGAAAUGCAGCGAGAAAUAAAUAUUUACAAAAUAAAGGCAGUCAUCAUGAACUGUUUUAAUCUCUUCACAGAUCUUAAAAUUCUAGCCACAUUUAGCUUCACAUCCAGUUUUUAAUGUCCUGACUUACAGCAGCAGCAUGUUGGUUAGCUCCUCAUGGAAAUCUCAAUUAUCAGUGUUAAAUAUUUUAUGGGUCAUUUUGAGAGCAGCCCAUUUUUGUUGUCCACUUCCCCAAAAUCUGAUCAAAUGGAGGAGCUGGAGAAAAGCAAAAAAUCUUCUUUUUGGGUUGACUGCUGUGGAAAUGAAAACUACAAAUAUUUCUUAGUGGAGGAGAACAGAAACCAUUGGGCAGCCAGGGAAGAAAUCCCUGGUGACCUCUUUAAAAAUGUACAGUGUGCUGACAAGUAUUUUAUUCUGGGAUUUUGUCCUGGCUGCUUUCUGGGGCAGGUGUGGGCACGUGGUGAAUUAUGGCAGCACUGGGUGAAAGCUUUCCCCUUGAUUUAUGGAUGCUCAACUCUUCACUAGAUUGAUUUUCCUUUUCUUGAGCUGUUGUUUGAAAAUGCACUGGAGGUGUGUGAAACAUCAUCCAUCUUCACUCCCUCUGAAAGAGGCUUUCAUUGGAGUGUCCUGGAGCAAAUCCUGUUCCUUCAGGCUGAAUUUCCAGAUCCCCAAAGGCAUCCAUGGCCAUUCCUUAAGGUGGAUCCCAAAGCUGAUGUUCAAAACAUAAAUAUCCCUUUGGAAUCCACAGACUGUGGGUAUUUCUUCCUUUAUAACAAACACAGCCUUGCUUUGAUCCUUUAAGAAAAAAAUUGGAAUGGUCACUUUGGGGUUAAUCUCAAUAUAAACAGUGAAAAACAAGGAAGUCACAACCAUUUUUAACUUGCUUUCAUCAUUGUCUCUUCUGUGACUGUAAAAUCACUGAAUUAUUAUGUCAAAGAAUUAAUGAGUUGCUUGGGAGCUGGGAAAACUGCCUUUCUUGAAAGUGGAAGUCUUUAAUAGAUAUUAAAAUUGCAGACUAAAAUUAAUUAAGUAGUAAUGCUAUCAGCAGACUGUUUUACAAGGCAAUUAGACAAUUCUCUGGUGGCUUAUUUAUCCCAAGGAAAGAAAAGUGAUGUCAUCAAUUUUAUGAGCUGUUAGUCAGCCUUAGGUUUAUUGGGGAAUAAUAAAAUAUAUUGUGGGCAUUAAAACCAUCUGAAAGAACACAUCCUUAAUAUGAAUAUUAAUAAAAGCUCUGAUGAUACUCUUGGAUCCUGAAUUUACUCAUAAUCUCCUCUGUGUAAAUGACUGAGUGCUGUAGUUUUGCUAACAGAACUCUUUAUAUUUGAAAAAAUUAAAUUUGAGAACUUUUAUGGUCCCUGAGCUUUUCAAAGUGAGGCAGCUGCCUCCUGCUUUCCUGAAACACAGAUUGGGGUUUGUCUGCAGUUUUUGGGUUUUAUAUACUAUUCCUGACCUUAAGUAUUUUAGUUCCAGAAAGCAGAAUCUGAUCUGGAUUAUAUUCAGCGCAGAGUGGAGUUUGAAAUAAUGAAAAGUCUUCCUGAUGAUACAGCAGCAGAGGAGAAUCCAGCUGCUCUCCUGAAAGAGCUCCCGGUGCUGAAAUCCCGGUACAAAUCCCUGUGUGCCCAGAUGGAGGAGAUUUCCCUGGAGCAGAAGGAAUCCAUGGAGAGCAUCCGUGCUGCCCUGGAGAAAACCAUGAAGAUAGUUCAGGCACUGCAGCAGCAAACCGGGCUGGAGAGCUUACCUCUGUCAGAAGAAGAACUGACUGCAGCCCUGAAGUUGAACUUGCAAACUGGGAAAGAAAUGGAAUUUUCAGUGGAAAAGCCAUCCUGCCUAGAAUCUACAGUCCCUGGCUCAGCUGAAGAACCCCAGUUCACACCAGUGACUGAGGAAACAUUUAUGAGUGUGCCCAGGAAGAUCAGAAGCACUGUCAAAUUAACAGACUUGAACUAUUUGUACAAGGAGUUAUUUAACCACUUCAUUGUACAGAGCAGCAGAGAAGCCCUGAGUCUUUCACAGAUGAACAAGAUGAAUAUGAAAGCCACUGACUCAAGAAUUAAAAUCCUGAAGGAGCUGGGGAUUGUGGAACUCGACAAACAAGGAAAUGUUAAAUUAGCUGUGUAAAUGAAAGCUCCUCUGACACAGAAGCAUCUUGGUCACAGCUCCUGGAUUAUUUAGGAACAAGAAUUUCUCUGGAGCAGGAGUUCCUAGUCCACUGUAGGGAAGUUGUUAAUGUUUCUGUAUAACCAUUCUGUUGAUGAUACUUGAAAUUGGAGGGUUCAGAAACGCUGAGGUUGGCACUUUACCUUGGCAGUUUGAGGGAUUAUGGUUGGUUUUGCAUUUUUAAGGAAUGUUGUGAGCCAUGUGAGGCUUCCAUUUCCUUCCUGCAUUCCUGAGGGGGCUUUAAAGGCAAAUAAUCCGAGCCUCUUAAUUGUACUUGCAUUCCUGAAUAAAGAUUUAUUUUACUUUGCUU